AUGGCCUCCUUCUUCACGGCUGCCCUGAAGAGCUUCCAGGGGGGCAAGGACGAGUCCCCCAAGGGGACCCCCAAGGAUGACAAGGCAGCUGCACUGCCCAGCAGCAUGGCCCGGGAGGAGUUUGAGGAGUACCAGCGGCAGCUGCUGGAGGAGAAGAUCGAGCGGGACAAGGCGUUUGCACAGAGGAAGGCAGAACGGGCCACGGUGCGGAUGCACCUGCGAGACAAGUACCACCUGGCCCAGGACGAGCGGGACGACGCCCAGGUGCACGUGGCCGGAGGGGCGGUGGAGCUGCCGCCGGACCUGGCAGCCAUGGUGCGCGGCGAGGAGGAGGAGGAGGAGGACGGCAGCGCCGGGGCCUUCGCCCUCCUGGCGAAGCUGCGGCAGGUGGAGCUGCCGGCGCUGCGGGGCCGCGCUCUGGGCGGCGUGGAUCAGGUCAGGGACAAGUGCACCCUGAUGUAGCAGCGCUGCCCGCCCCGCCGCGGGUGACAGCGGCAGCCCCGCUCCCCGGGAGCCCCGGCAUGCGGAGGCUCUGGCUGUUCCCAGUGCCCUGACUGGGGCUGCGGGUCCCAAUACACGUUAGGCGCGGGUUUUCUCCCCCAAAACCAUUCCCUCUUGCUUUCCCAGGCUGUGCAGGGGUGCAGAAUGCCUGCGUCUCUUCCGGCCGGUAUGGUCAGGUCCCUCUCGUGGUGCUCUUGGUGUGAGCCCCCAUACGGGGAGGUCCCUGACACUGUUACCCCCGUCACCAGCCCUGGCACCGUGCACCAUUUGGCUCAAUAAAUACAGCAUUUACCAGCA